CUGAGUCCCCAUUUUGAAAGACUGAAAACGUCACAUCACGUUUUUUUUUUCCACCUAACACUCCAAAGUCUUCUCCGCCCCCCCCUCCAUUGCCUUAAAGGAGAAGCAGCACAAAAGAACCGGUACGGCGACAAAAGUAUCGCGAUAGUCGUAUAUUGGUCCUCCGUGAUACGGGAGACCGGUUUUAGAAUACGAAAUGUUGAGGAAAAGGGAAGAGAAAAACAGGGUUGCAAGACUGAAUUAAACGCAAAGAAAACGGAAAAAAAACGUGUGGAAGAAAGUGAAUUUAGAGCAGAAAAAACCCAGGGCCCGGUGUGGGAACUCCUACCGGGGUCACAGUGUGAUAUACACCGUUAUCUCAGUGAAGUCUUUAAUGUACCUUUAGGCCUGCAGUUUACAUUUGACAGGCUGAUUGAUUGACAUCUAACUGUGGGGCGCAUGGCCGUAUAACGUCUGGCCCAGCCCUACAACCGCAGCCUUGAGGGCGCGCGUGGGGAUAGGAAUGGAGUCUGAACAUAAUUUGGUGGCUCGCACGGUGGAACCUGAUAAGGUACGGGAAGCGCUUGAGGAGGAGGAGCCGACUCCGCCACGGCUAUUGAGGACACGCGAGGCGCGGGCGGCUGCGGCGGCGUCGCGUAGGCGGAAGGCCGAAUAUCCACGGCGAAGGAGAGAGGAUGCAGUGCAGCCGCAAUUGAGGGAGCUAGGAGGCGAGCCAUCCGAAUUGGAAGUCGAGGUGGAAGGACCGAAUCCUCUGUAUGAAGACUCAAAUGAAGUUCUUAAAGAAGAUUUUACAGCUGUUCAUGGUCGUGGAUCAACCACUGUGAAAGGAAGGUCAAACCGUGGGAGAAGAAGCACUAGAGUGUCUGCAUCUGGAACUGCUCGUCACAGAGAGGUGGAGAAUUCUCGUAACUCUCGGUCGAAGCAGAGUUCUGUUCAGCUUGUGUGCAAGACUGAGCCUGACCCCGAUCAACUUGAAUAUGGUGCCUCAGGAGUACACGAGACAGUAGUUGGAAUAAGUGAUGAUGAAGAUAUGAUCAUCAGUGAAGAAGACCUGCCUUUUAAAGAUGAUCCAAAGGAUGAGACGUAUAAACCACAUUUAGACAGGGAGCCUGUAAAAGUAAGGAGGAAGUAUCAGAAGGUUAAAGAGGAGAAACAGAAAGAGAUCAAAGUGGAAAUCAAAGAAGAGAGCGAGUUCAGAGAAGAGGAGAACCCUCCCAGAAGGAGAGGGAGACGGCGUAAGGAUGACAAAAGUCCUCGCUUACCAAAACGAAGGAAGAAGCCUCCAAUACAGUAUGUACGUUGUGAGAUGGAGGGAUGUGGGACUGUUCUUGCCCACCCACGUUACCUGCAGCAUCACAUUAAGUAUCAGCACUUGUUGAAGAAGAAGUAUGUAUGUCCUCAUCCGUCCUGUGGCCGUUUGUUCCGCCUUCAGAAGCAGCUCUUAAGGCACGCAAAGCACCACACAGAUCAGCGAGAUUACAUAUGUGAGUACUGCGCCCGAGCAUUUAAAAGCUCUCAUAACCUUGCUGUACACAGGAUGAUCCAUACUGGCGAGAAGCCUCUUCAGUGUGAAAUUUGUGGGUUUACAUGCAGGCAGAAGGCUUCACUUAACUGGCACAUGAAGAAACACGAUGCUGACACAUUUUACCAGUUCUCCUGCAACAUUUGUGGCAAGAAGUUUGAGAAGAAGGACAGUGUAGUAGCCCAUAAAGCUAAGAGCCACCCAGAGGUGCUAAUUGCCGAAGCUCUUGCUGCAAAUGCUGGGGCCCUUAUCACCAGUUCAGACAUUCUUACCACCAACACAGAUACACUUGCUGCUGUUUCUGCCUCUAAAGGCCUUAGUGUGAACUCCCAGGGCCUUAUGAUGGAGUCUGAAGGAGCGAACACCAUAUCUAGUGGUGAAGGACUUGUCAUACAUGCAGAUGAAAUCACUGCCACAACACAGGGCCUUGGUACAGACAGGAUGGUGCUGAACUCCACCCUUCUAACCCAGGACAUGAAGAUCUUGGGUGCCAGUUCUGAAGGAUUGGUUCUCAACCCUGGCACAUUGUCUGCGUCAUCAGAGGUGCUUAUAGAGGACUCCGAUUGUGGUGGCCAUUAGAAAUGGUAUUAGAAGUAUUGUUUUAAAAGAAAGAGAGAUGAGCUUUAUUAAUAAUGAUGGUAAACAUAUUCAUUGUGACGCCACUGUAAGCCCUGUUUCAGAGGGAUCACUUGCUCUAAUAAGGAGCAAACUCUAGAAAAACGAGGACUGCACAGCUACAGCGGCACUCAUAACUGUUCUCCCAUUACUGGUUUUUUUUGGGGGGGGUCAUUGUUUUGCAUUUUUUUUCUUCACUCGGUACUUCCAGGCCUGAAGACAAGGAGGUCCUGUUGAGAACUGUGAAGUAAUUAGACUAAUCUUUUUGAUAAAGCAGACCCACACCAUCCCUCCCCACUAGUAUGUGUACCACAGCACAAAAAAUGAUGCAUACAUUGACAUUUUCAAGCAAAAUGUAUUGCAUGUGUAUGUAGAUGAUUGGGAUUUCUGUGAACCUUUCUACCUUUUGCUUGGAUGGACCUAUUUAGUUUGGGUGAAGGUAUUUGUGAAAGGAUAUUCUUGUAGAAAUUCAGUGAUAUCUUCAGGGUUACUUUCACAGCAUUCCUUGCAAAGUACAAAGUUGAAUAUUUUGUGUGCGUGCUUGCGUGUGUGGUAGUCCUGUCCUUGAUGUUCUGUAGCACUUCUUAGUUGAAAGUGCUAAUUUUCUUUUGGUUAGAUUUUACUUUUCCCAAGUGUCUGUUUUCUUGCUUCAGUCCACUUAGCCCUGACAUUUUGCUUUCUGUAGGAUGUAUCUUCUGCUAGGAGGCUUUUUGAACUGGUUCUUGUCACUUUUAUAACAGAACUGCAUUCCCCAAGAGACAACACUCUGUAGUAGCAGGUAACUUCUGACAUCAGCUUUGUCUUCAAGAAAAAUAGUUGAAGAUGUGUCUGAAACACCAACACCCAGUGUGAUUGUACACACUACACUCCCCCCCCCCCCCUUUUUUAAAUUCUGCUCUGCUUCAUUACUAACUGACUGUUAUUGUAUGAGAAAGAUGUAGGAAUGGAAUAACGCUGCCUUCAUGUCUCAGAGAAGUGAAAACUAUUCCGUUCUAAGGUACCAGAUCCUGUCUUUUUAUGAUCAUACCAUGCAGUACUGUUAAGUGUUUCGUGAAACCCUAGAUUGGCCAAAGAAGCCAAAUAGAAUGCUGCAUUUCCUGAUGUGUUUAGGUGAUUAUUGGAGUGCGGUUUGAUACUUGGUAUAGUGUGAGACACUGAAGUUAAGUACAAUUUUCCUCUGAGGAAAAAAAAACGAUUAUGAUUAGAACAUGCACAUCCUGAAAAUGAACACAUUUGGGGAAAAAUUUGUGAAACCGUUGUUUGCACUGUACAAAUCCUUCUCUCUCCCUUUUUUCCCAACAAAGCUUUUCAUAGUACAUCUGGAAGAUAGAAUUGCAUAAUUUUCUUCUUGCAUUCGCUGUAGAGCUAGAACACCUCUGUUUAUUUUUUGAGCAUGUGGUACCUUUCUGUGGUUUAUGGGCACCCUCCACACAUCCAUAUGUAAACGGUUGUAUGUACUAUAUUUUAUUUAAAAAAGAUGUAGAAUAUCAAAAAGUUAAGCCGGUCCUCAACAGGAAUCACAGAUAGUGUCCACCCUUUCUGCCAUGGGACAAUUACCAUUAGUGGCACUUUAAACUGGCUGUCCCUUCUGGCUGGUAUCCAGGCUCGCAUCUUGAAGGUCCACAUUGCAGGAUAGCAUAUUCAUGUAUAUAUGGGUCACCAGCAGUAAACACAACACAAUAAUACCAGCCUACAGGGUGGCAGUUUUGGAAGCAAUUUUUUUUUUAUUUUGCUUUAAAUAAUGUACAGCUGUUAAUACAGAUCUAUAUUGAAAGGGAAAAUCUUGAUUCCCCAUGUGAAAUGCUGCCAGUACCUGCAGGAGCUUAAGUAAACUGCAAGUGAAAUAAAAGUUUUAAACAACUUA